GAGAGAAAAGCAGGAACCGCUCGACUCAGCCCGUCCUCCGACCAGCAACAGGGAUUUCUUCUAUUUAUUUAUCUCGAAUACUGGUUCAGCUACCCGGAAAGGCUAAUUUUUACCCUUCCACGGAAUACCCUUCAGAAAAGCACGGAAUGAAGGUCAGAUCGGCAGCGCAGGGCUGGGCAGGCGCUGGGCGGGUCGCUCUGCUGGCCGCGCUGCUGCUGUGCGUGUGGUGCCGGGCGGCGGCCGAGCGGCUCCGCUACGCCAUCCCCGAGGAGCUGGCCAGAGGCUCGCUCGUGGGGCCGCUGGCGCGGGACCUGGGGCUCAGCGCGGACCAGCUGCCGGCGCGCAAGCUGCGGCUGAGCGAGGAGAAGCAAUACUUCACGGUGAAUGAGGAGAACGGGAACCUGUACGUGAACGAGAGGCUGGACCGGGAGGAGAUGUGCGGCGAGUCGGCGACCUGCUCCGUCAGCUUCGAGGUGCUGGUGCACAACCCGCUGAACAUUUUCCAUGUCGAAGUGGAUAUCCAAGACAUGAACGACAAUGCGCCGCAUUUCUUGAGAGAAAACUUCCAGCUUGAGAUCAACGAGUUGACUUCUCCCGGUGCCCGGUUUUACUUGGGCACGGCAGAGGAUGCGGACGUGGGCAGUAACUCGCUACAAGGCUACGAGCUGGAGGCCAAUAAGUAUUUCGCAGUGGAAGUGAAAGAAAGCCAGGAGGGCAGCAAGUUCGCAGAGCUGGUACUGCGCCACUCGCUUGACCGCGAGAGAGAAGACAGCCUAAGCCUGGUUCUGACGGCUCUGGAUGGCGGAGACCCGCCCCGGACUGGCACCGCCCAGCUCAGGAUUAACGUCACCGACGCCAAUGACAACCCACCCGUGUUCGCGCAGGACCGGUACCGCGUCAGCCUGCGCGAGGACACACCUCCGGGAUCGACGGUGCUGAACAUCUUUGCCUCUGAUGCCGACGCCGGCACCAAUGCCCGCAUCACCUACGGCUUCGGAGAAAUGCCGGCUAAAGCGCUUCAGAAGUUCAUGGUGGAUGGAGAGAGAGGAAUGAUCACACUCCAGGAGGCACUGGAUUUUGAAGAUACACGCACCUUCAGCCUGGCUGUGGAAGCGAGGGACGGUGGUGGUUUGGUGGCACACUGCAAGGUGGAGGUGGAGGUGCUGGACGUGAAUGACAACGCGCCCGAGGUGACCCUGACGUCCGUGUCGAGCCCCGUGCCCGAGGACGCGCCGGCCGGUACUGUGGUAGCCCUCCUGAAAGUGCGGGACAGAGACUCCGGCGAGAACGGUCAGGUGUCUUGCGAGCUGUCGGGAGAGGCGCCGCUGUCGAUCGUGGCGUCGUCGGGCGGCUCGUACAAGGUGGUGACAUCGGGCGCGCUGGACCGCGAGCAGGCGUCCGAGCAGCGCGUGACGGUGGUGGCCCGGGACCGGGGCAGGCCGGCGCUGUGGAGCAGCAGGGAGCUGGUGCUGGAGGUGUCGGACGUGAACGACAACGCGCCGGUGUUCGAGGAGGCGGCGUACAGCGCGUACGUGGCGGAGAACAACGCGGCGGGCGCGCUGGUGCUGCGCGUGCAGGCGCGGGACGCGGACGCGGGCGCCAACGGGCGCGUGAGCUACUGGCUGGCGGGCGGCAGCGCGGGCGCGGCGGGCGCGGCGCCGCUGGUGUCGGUGGAGGCGCGGAGCGGCGCGCUGUACGCGCAGCGCUCCGCGGACUACGAGCAGUGCCGCGAGUUCACGGUGGCCGUGCGGGCGCAGGACGGCGGCUCGCCGGCGCGCAGCUCCACGGCCACGGUGCGCGUCUUCGUGCUGGACCGCAACGACAACGCGCCCAGGGUGCUCUGGCCCGCCGCGGCGGCAACGGCGGCGGCGGGAGAGGCUGCGGGAGGGGCGGCGCCGCCUUUCGAGGUGGUGCCGCGCUCGGCCGAGGCCGGCUACCUGGUGGCCAAGGUGGUGGCGGUGGACGCGGACGCGGGGCGCAACGCGUGGCUGUCCUACGAGCUGGUGCAGGCGUCGGAGCCGGCGCUGUUCCGCGUGGGGCUGCACAGCGGCGAGGUGCGCACGGCGCGCGCCGUGGCCGAGCGGGACGCGGCCAAGCAGCGCCUGGUGGCCCUGGUGAAGGACCACGGGCAGCCGGCGCUCUCGGCCACGGCCACGCUGCACGUGCUGCUGGCCGACAGCUUGCGGGAGGCGCUGCCGGAGCUGAGCGAGCGCCCGGCGGCCGCCGAGGCGGCGGCGGCCGAGCUGCAGUUCUACCUGGUGCUGGCGCUGGCGCUGCUCUCGGCGCUCUUGGUGCUGAGCGUGGCGCUGGCCGUGCUGGCGCGGCUGCGCCGGGCCGGCCCGCCCGCCGUGCUGCGCUGCCUGGGCGCGCAGCGCUUCUCGCUGCCCGGCGCCGCCUUCCCGGCCGACUUCUGCGAGGGCACCUUGCCCUACUCCUACAACCUGUGCGUGCCGCCGCCGGCCCGCGCCCUGCCCGAGGCCGCUUGGCCGCCGCCGCCGCCGCCGGUGCCCAUCCUGUCGGCGGAGGAGCUUCUGGGAGGGGAGCCCUUGGAGAAGCCGAGCUCGAAUAGCAGCCCCCUGACGGGAGAGCCGCCUGCCAAUCCCGACGCACCGCAGGUCUGUAAUGCCGCGCGCUCGUUCUGUUAUUGCGGCUUUCCUAUCAUCGUGCUUUCCCUCCUCUUUUUCUCGGCAUGGUGUCCAUGA